AUGCAAAGAUUGCAAGACCCAGCUGAUGAGAUAGAGAAUACUGAUCAAUCAAAUAUAAUUUAUUCUGUAGUUCCUUUACACAGAUCUUAUGCAAAUUGUGUUACGAUUAAAGCCAAUAUCCCGGAAGAUCUUAGGUCUGAAAUUGCGACAGAAGCAUCAGAAGUGAGAUCUGAAUGCGCUGAAUUAUUUUUGUCAGAGGAAAUGAUCAAUGUUCAGAAUUUGACGACAGUGGAUACUUUUAAUUUACCGGAGGCUGACAAUGGAUUAAAUAUUUCAGAAGAUGUUCAAAUUCUUGAUCAUUCUUUACAGACAACAAUAAAAUCGGCAAUUGACGAACCUCUCACUCAACAAUCUUCCUUGCAUUUGACUGAUCUGGCUAUCACUGCUGACUCUCCUGAAACUACGAGAUUUCCAUGA